AGGACGCCUGCGAAAAGGAGGAGGAAGAGGAGAAGGAGGAGGAAGAGGAGGAGGAGGGGGGGCGAAAGGUGCCGCGCGCCGGAGACUCCAGCCAGAGCCGCUGCGGAGGGGAGGCGGCGAAGAGGGGCUCUCCGCCCGUCCGCCCGCCGUUGGCAGAGCCGCCCGCCGCGGCAAAGGCUUCGACGACGCGCUCCGGAGAGAGCCGGGAUCCCGAGCGCCGAAGCGCGGAGCGGCGCUGCGCUUUGGCGGCGGCGGAGGAGGAGGCGGCGGCGGCGGCUUGCAGCAGCUGCUUGCGCGGCUGGCUGGGGCUGGCUGGCUGGCUGGCGGAGUUCUGCCAGCAGCUUCCGGCCAUGUCGUAUCCUCAGGGUUACUUGUACCAACCGUCCGCCUCCUUGGCCCUCUACUCCUGCCCUGCCUACAGCACCAGCGUGAUCUCCGGUCCGCGGACCGAUGAACUGGGAAGGUCGUCGUCCGGCUCGGCUUUUUCCCCCUACGCCGGCUCCACCGCCUUCAGUGCUCCUUCGCCCGGCUACAACUCGCACCUCCAGUACGGCACAGAUCCGGCGGCCGCGGCUGCCUUCUCUUCCUACGUGGGCUCGCCCUACGACCAUACGCCCGGCAUGGCGGGUUCCUUGGGGUACCAUCCUUACGCCGCCCCCCUGGGCUCCUACCCUUAUGGGGACCCGGCUUACCGCAAGAACGCCACGCGGGACGCCACGGCCACGCUGAAGGCCUGGCUGAACGAGCACCGCAAGAACCCCUACCCGACCAAGGGCGAGAAGAUCAUGCUGGCCAUUAUCACCAAGAUGACCCUCACCCAGGUCUCCACCUGGUUCGCCAACGCCCGGCGCCGCCUCAAGAAGGAGAACAAGAUGACCUGGACGCCCCGGAACCGAAGCGAGGACGAGGAAGAAGAAGAGAACAUCGACCUGGAGAAGAACGACGACGAAGAACCGGCCAAACUCGAGGAGAAGGGCGACUCCGAGGCGGGUCAGCUUGGUAAGAGACACCGCUGCCUCUUCCUCUUCCUCCUCCUCCUGCCCCCGAACGUAGCUGGCUUAAUUUUGGGGCUUGGAGGCCUUGAAAAGGACCGUUUUUGUCCCUGAAUUGAGCUUAGAUGGGGAGGGGUGGGUGGAGAAGAGGCGUGGGGGGUGGUCGGUGUCCCCACUUUCAGGCCAGGGUCCUCUGGAGGAGGAGGGGAGAGAGGUCUCCAGCAGCUUUAAAGGGUGCAGGAAAAGCGAAGGGGCCUGUCCCGGAAAAGGUGCCCAGCAGCUCUUGGUAGCCCGAGGAAGAGGUUGGGGUGGGGGAAGGGGAGAGGAAAUCCGAGGGUCUGUAUUCUCACGACUAGCUUGAAGUAGGUCAGUAAAGUGUCUCACGGCCCUCAUUCGCACAAUCGGAAAUUUGGGGUUGUGGGGAGAGAGAGGGGGGGAGGGAAAGUGGGAGGAAG